GUGAUAGACGCUCAAUUCACUCAGGACACUUUAAACACUUGGACAAGCUGUUGUUUCGUAACUCUCGGUGAAGUUUUUUUCGGCGUUAGCCUAAAGUGUGUCAUCAAGUGUUUCAUGCCAUUGUGAUCUGGGUUGUUGCUGUCGUCUGCGGUCCUUCAUAACAGCGCACUUUUAACUUGAGGAAUAUUUACUGACAAAAUUCCAGCCAUGAUUAGUGGCCCAAUAAAGCCAGAUAUGUCAUUUUACUCGACUUACCUGAUUAAACAUACACCUGAGGCAUUUGGAGUCGUAUGGUCACCUUCCAUGGUCCCUACUUCCACAGCUCCACUAUACCCUCACCUAUAUAGCCCCCGUCACACACACCCUCAGUCCCAGGAUGUCCAUCAGUCCCAGACUGAACCUGUCGACUUGACCAUCAAAAGAUCCUCCGUUUCGUCGCCUUCCUCAUCUGUGGCCUCAUCAUCACCCAGAGCCACUCCCCCAUCCCCUUUUGAUUACCCCAGUCCAGUGUCACAUCCCCGCCCUGGCUCCGGCUCCGGUUUUGUAACAGGAAGCACUCAGACAAGGCAGCUGACCCCACCACUGGCCCUUCCCAUUCCUCCGGUUUUAACACCUAUUGUACCAGUACUUCCUAUGCCGUUUUCUGUGCUCUACCCUCCUGCCCUACACCUGUCUCCCUCCAUCAUGAUAUCACCCGUCACACCUGAGGAUCCUAACCACAAACAGUUUCCUAUAAUGAAGUUAGAGAAUCCUCCAGACAACCAAGAGCUCCUCAAGCCAAUCAAAUCCGAUCCCUACCCUGAACACGCCCAGGAUUCCCACAACCAGGAAUUAACCUCACCUGCCAGGACUGUCCCACCGAAAAAUGAGGAAAACACACACUCUGUGAUUGUGCGUCGAAAGGUAGAGUCUCCAGAUCCACUGAAGAAGCGUCGAAUUCAUUGCUGUGACUUCAAUGGCUGCAAUAAAGUCUAUACCAAAAGCUCCCACCUGAAAGCUCACAGACGCACACAUACAGGAGAGAAGCCUUACAAGUGCCUGUGGGAAGGCUGUACGUGGAAGUUCGCCCGCUCUGAUGAGCUGACCCGUCACUUUCGGAAGCACACGGGUGUAAAGCCUUUCCAGUGCCCUGACUGUGAUCGAACCUUCUCCCGCUCCGAUCACCUCGCCCUGCACAAGAAACGCCACCAGCUGAUGUGAACUCAAUACUGCAACAUGUGAAUGGAGCAGAAAUUGCACCUUUGAUUAAACCAUUGCUCAACAGGAGUGUCAUCUUCAGUGAUGUUAAGGGCCGUUUUGUGUUUCCCGUCCCCUUUCUGUUCAGGAAACGGAGUGGAGUUAAUGGAUAAUACGAUGGUUAGCUCAUACUUCUUGAAAAUAAUUAUUAUCCAAGUGGAUUUUGUCACCAUUUCUACGGAUUUGGACAAAUGUUAAUAGUGCUGUGGAAAGACCCUUAUAAAGGCAAAAUUCAGAACACUAGGCACCUUUAAGUCUUUUCUUGAUACCAAGCACUCUCGCUCUCUCUCUCUCCCUUGUCUCUAUAUUCAUGUCUCUCUACCAUUCUGUUUUACCCCUUCUGCUGGUCAGAGGGUUCAUUGUGCCAGUUACAGCACUACACAAACAAGCAAAAUACAUUUACAGUAUAUCAAUAGCUAGUCACACACAUAUACAAACACACACACACCUCGGACAGUUUCACACUUUAAAUGUUGUUUAAGAUGCAACUCGGGUCAAACCUGCACAAUGUGAAUUUUUCUCUUUUUUUAUAUUAUUCAGAAAAACGAAUGUGUAAACACAGGUCCUGUAUAUGUAUUCAGCAUGUGUGUUUCAUGUUUCAGUGUAAGGACCGAGGCUGAUUGUCUUACACCUUCAUAUGUUUCCUGAGAUCGUUUGGUUGGCUCGGUCAGUCGUUAAGGUCUGUUCACAUUAAGAAUGAUAACUACACCAACCCACGAUAACUUUCUGUUUAUUAUAAGCACGCGAUGCAGUUUUGUCAUCAGCCACUUUAAAUGCUCAUGCGCUUUAAAGCAGAAAGGAUUCUGUUUGGCUGUCAAUGCUUUUAUCAUUCAUAAGCUGGAAGAAAUCAUGAAAACAGUUCCAAAGAUAUCGCUCCUCUGUGAUGUUAUCGCUUCAAUUGUGGAGUCUAGUUAUAAAGUUGUCAAUUAUAUUGUUAUAGUUAUCAUCAUUGGUGUGAAUGGGCCUUUAUACUGUGACUCUAAAGAGUUGAGUUUUGACAAAAAGUUUUUGGUUCCAAAAGUAGCUUCCGAGCACCUGACCUAUAAUGUGCUUAGUGAAACAGUGGCUUGUUUUAUUAAUUGCAAUCAUGACUUAAUAGUGUAGUUUAUUACUGUACAGUAAGUACUAUGUACUGUGUAAGUUCUUGCAACUUUGCACAUGCACAAUUUGAGAUUUAGUUAUGAAAUUAUAAUCAUGAUUUUACCCUACAUACAUGUUCAAAAUACAAGUAGAAAGUAAGUGUGAAAGUUCAAAAUGAGGCUAAUAGGCAGGUCUAAGAAUUGAACGCUUGGUCGUCCAACACAUAGAUGUUAGUUGCAAGGACUUAUAGCAAGCUUUAUUUUGCGUAAUCUCACCAUUAUUCAUAUUUGAAUAAUUUCUGUAAUCAUGAAUAUCCAUAUAAUCCGAAAUAUUUUGUUGUGUCUUGUUGUAUUUUAUCAAAUCCAGUGUCCGAGGCUCAAAAGGGUAAACUAUUAUUUCACUGAGGGAUGUUUAGGUGGAGAAAUGUGAACCAUUCAAUAAGGGGCAUUAUUUAAUUGGAGUGUGUUCAUCUAGGUUAUGGGUAACAUUGUCUUACUGGUAACACUUUGUUCGUGAGAUAUUUGUUAAACGUGUGAGAUAUAUGCAGGGAUGAGUCGAGUGUACUCUUGUUUUUCUGUUUGUUGGUUUUGCAAAUCUUUUUGACACAAACGGAUGUUAAGGGCAAUGUGUAAAUGGAAAAAAGUGCACUUUAAAAAUAGAUUUGAAAUGGCAAAUAUCUGUAAAUGGGGGUCCAUGAAUCGCUUUGAGCUUUGUGCUGUACAGUAUCUCAGUUUUUCUCUUUUUUAAAAAUUUUUAGUUUAACAGUUUGUAACAGACCGGUUCCUGUUUUUCCCUUCUUAACUGAAGGACAACUUUGAAGGAAGAAAAGAACAAGGGGAGCUUCCACAAGAAAGGAAAAAAGUUGAGAUGAGUCAAAGAAAGAAUUACAGAG